CAGACCCGAUCUGCGACUCGCGCCCGUCUCCCUGAUCCGCCCCGCUUUGAUGGGAAGCCUCUCUCCCUACGUACCUGGCUCCCCUCUAUUAGAGCGAAGCUAAGGUCUAAUCAGCUUACUGGAGCUGACGCCUUUGACUACGUAUGGGACCGGCUAGAACAGCCCCAGUAA